GUGGGUUCUCUCUGCACCCCUGACAUCCGCGGGAGGGAGUCUACCUUCGAGGAGGGGUUCUCGUCUCAUCUUGGAGAUUUUGUAUUUUGUACAUACAUUGUUUUGUAUAUACUGUAUAUGAUGACUUCAGUGGGCAGUGAACGUACCCGGGGCACUCGGGACAAAAUGCAAAUUUCAGCGACACAGCCAACACAACCACAGAAACAAGUAGUACAGGCAACAGCAGAACAGAUUCGCCUUGCUCAGAUGAUCUACGACAAGAACGAUGCAGAUUUUGAAGAUAAAGUGAAACAACUUAUGGAAGUGACGGGGAAAAACCAGGAUGAAUGCAUAGUGGCACUACAUGAUUGUAAUGGGGAUGUGAACAGAGCAAUCAACAUACUGCUGGAAGGAAGUUCAGACACGACUUCUUGGGAGACUGUAGGGGGAAAGAAGAAAAGCCUUGGGAAGGAAGGUUCAGAAAACAAAGAGAACAGAGAGAAACGAGGGGACAGAGAAGUGAGUCGCGGACGGGGAAGUUCCAACAGACGGGGAAGAGGAGGCAGCCGUGGACGAGAGUUUAGAGCUGAAGAGAAUGGAGUGGACAACAAUCAAGGAGACAGGCCUUCAGACCGUGGGAAACGUGGCCGUGGGAGAGGGUUUGGACGUGGCAGAGGGAGAGGAGCGGGGAGGUUUUCAGCCCAAGGCAUGGGGACAUUUAAUCCUGCAGACUAUACGGAGUCUUCUGCCACUGAUGGCUUUGGGACAAAGUCAGAGAUCUGGGAGACUGGUCAGAAUGAUGCAGAUGAUGGAACUGAGCCCACACAGAACGGAUGUUACUUUGCUCAGGACCUGCCAAAUAAUUUCGGAUUCCAAGGAGCAUGGAAAAACUCAAUAGAAGAAUGGACAGCAGAAGACUGGAAUGAAGAUCUUUCUGAAACAAAAGUCUUCACUGCGUCUUCUGUUCCAACUGAAAAUCAUGUGACUCCUGGGCAAAGCAUUGAUUUGGUGACACUGCUUCAAAAGCCAGUGACACCUACCCAAGAGACAGAAAGCAACUCAUUCGAAUCUCCCCAGCAGCAGACCUUUGGCCAAGCCUUAGUAUUCACAAAUUCUCAGCACAGCACCCAGAUGGCGUCAAGAACAGGCAGCUCCAGUGCUGUAAACUCUUAUUCUCCUCAAAGUCUGUCGGCAGUUCUUUGUUCUGGCUUUGGAGAGAUCAGAUCCUCUAAAUUGGCAAACUCUACUGGUUCCCAGAUCUUGGACCAAUUGAAAUCACCAGGAUUGGGUCAGUUUACCUCUCAACAAACCAAUAGCAGUUCUGCCACCACUAGCACAGUUCCUGCAUCAUCCUGGGAUCUAAAACCACCUAGUACUCAAUCCUCAGUCCUCAGUCAGUUUGACUUUAAAUCCCAGCCUGAGCCAUCUCCAGUUCUGAGCCAGCUGACCCAGCGGCAGCAACAAAUGCAGGUGGUUCCCGUUCCUCCUCCUGGGCUGGAGUCAUCCUCCUCCCAGGUAAAACUCCGAGAGCCAUCACCAGUAGACACCUCUACAGGUGUUAGCAAAAUAUUACAGCUCCCCACUAUCUCUGUGGAUAACCAGACAGUGACUGUUCAUCAAACUCAGCAGAAACAGAUCAAACCACCAAAAAGGAGGAUAACUCCAGCAUCCAAGAUUCCUGCCUCUGCUGUGGAGAUGCCUGGAUCAGCAGACAUGACAGGGUUAAAUGUUCAGUUUGGAGCUCUUGAGUUUGGAUCAGAGCCUACGCUCCCAGAGUUUGGAUCACCUUCAAGCAGUGAGAGUACCAGCCAGGCGACCAACAAUAGCUUAUAUUCAAAAUCUGUAAAUGAUCCUUUGAAUACCUCUUUGCCAAUAUCCAGUACAGUACAGGACUCCUCCUACACAACCUCUGCCAUCAGCUCUUCCAGUCUGACCUGCUCAUCCCAGAGCACUAGCCCAGUAACAACUUCCUCCUAUGAUCAGACUUCUGUGCACAGCAGGAUAGCGUACCAAAGCUCCAUAGCUCCGUCUGAACCAACAGCUGUUGCAGUUACGAAUGGGCACAGUGGUGUUAGGACACAGGCAACACUUGACACUUCUUCAUCAGUUGCAGCACCCAAGACAGACCCUUCCCCCUCACUACCUUCAUCUGGUUCUCUGCCCAGUGUGGUGUCCACCACGGCCUCGCUUCUGCCUUCAGCAUCUCAGCACGUGGCAGCAUUGCCCAGUUUGCCUCAGUCCAGUGAUCUGGCCAGCAGCUCGCUGUCCCAGCUGAGCAGCUCCCUUUCCAAUCAUCAGGGCAGCCUCUCUCCUGCCUCAGUGUUGUCUUCAAGCACAUCACAUGUGCAUACUAGUAUUGAGAACACAACUUCGCUCCAGCCCUCAACAACCUUUUCAACUUCUUCAACCUCAGCCACUAGCACCACCUCCUCGGUUGUCAGCAUGGCAAGCAGUAUGAACACUACAAACAGCCUUGGCCUGAGUGUUACCAGUGUGUCUAUACCAGCUGCUACCACACGGGCAGCUCCCUUAGUGUCUUCAGGCAAAGCUCCCCCAAACCUGCCCCAAGGUGUACCACCCUUGUUGCAUAACCAGUAUAUUGUGGGACCUGGAGGACUUCUGCCUGCCUACCCACAGAUUUAUGGUUAUGAUGAUCUCCAGAUGCUUCAAUCCAGACUGCCAAUGGAUUACUAUGGAAUUACAUUCCCUGCUCCUGCAACCUUGACAGGCAGAGAUGGGAGCCUUGCUAACAACCCGUACUCAGGUGAUGUAACAAAAUUUGGCCGUGGGGAUUCUGCCUCUCCUGCUCCUGCGACCACGCUGGCCCAGCCACAGCAGAGCCAGACACAGACUCACCACACGACUCAGCAGCCCUUCCUGAACCCAACCCUGCCCCCAGGGUACAGCUACACUGGGCUCCCUUACUAUGCUGGAAUGCCCGGUGUUCCCAGUGCAUUCCAGUAUGGGCCAACCAUGUUUGUACCUCCAGCAUCUGCUAAACAGCACGGAGUCAACCUGAACACGGCAUCAACUCCCUUCCAGCAGGCGAGUGGCUACGGCCAGCAUGGCUACGGAGCAGGAUACGAUGACUUAACGCAGGGAACUGCAGGUGGGGAUUACAGCAAAGGAGGCUACAGUGGGUCAUCUCAAGCACAAAACAAAUCUGCUGGCUCUGGACCUGGGAAAGGUGUUUCUGUGACCUCAAGUAACACGGGUGUGCCUGAUAUCAGUGGCUCAGUCUAUAACAAGACUCAGACGUUUGACAAGCAGGGAUUCCAUGCUGGCACUCCGCCUCCCUUCAGCCUGCCUUCUGCUCUUGGAUCGACUGGGCCCCUGAACCCUGGUGCUGCCCCGGGUUAUGCUCCAGCCCCGUUUCUCCAUAUUCUCCCUGCGCAUCAGCAGCCUCAUUCCCAGAUGCUGCAUCACCACCUCCAGCAGGAUGGGCAGGGUGGAUCUGGCCAACGCAACCAACCCAGCACCAUGCAGCAAAAGUCUCAGGCUACCAAAACCGCCUAUGGCACUUCUCCAUACUGGACAAACUAAAUCCGAAACCGGGGAGGGGGGAGAGAAUGAAAGGAGAGGAGGAAGAAGGAAAAGAAAAAAUCCACAAAAGAAAAGAGAAAA